AUGUUAGACUCACUUGUGCACAUAAGAUAUAAAAUCUAUCGUUCUGUGAUAGAAACAGAUAAAAGUCAAGAAGAUGUAAUGGAACACAAACACGGGCUUCCAAUUAAAAUGAGCGUGGGUAACAAAAGUCAAGAAUCUCUAAAUUCCGAGGAAGUGAUCAAUAAUUAUGUUAAAAAUGCCAUGAGAUACACAGGAAACGUGAAUAAGGCCACUGGAAAAGGAGGAAGGGAGAUAGCAAGUGAAGGAAAGCAAGUUUUAGAAACAAUUUUGGAGUCGAAAGAAUAUAUAAAGGUGCAAAGGAAGGGAAAUAUCCUGGGAAUAUUGUUGAAAGCAGUGCUCAUACUCGGAUUAAUAACGUUGACGGUUUUUGUGGUCACUAGCGUCUGUUUGGAAUCGAAUAAACGAGGAGAAGGAAAUUAA